AUGAAGUUCAUUGACAUUUUAUUCGCACUGAGCGCGGCAGCAACCGCUAAUGCAAUACUGGUUUCAGAUAAUAGCAAUGACUCAGUUCAGGCAUCAAGCACUUCGAGUCAAGUGUCUGGUCCAACCAAUGAACCUGAACCAGGUACUUCCAGACAAGGCCAGCAAUAUUUGUUGUAUCGAACUGAUCCAGGUGUUCCAAAACGAAGUCGGAAACGCCCAGUCAGUGAGCCUGGUCCGAGUGCUCCAAAACGAAGUCGGAAACAAUCAACGAAUCAACCCGGUCCAAGCACUUCCAAUCAAGACCAGCAACAGCCAAUGGACGAAGAAGAGUCGGGAAAUACUGCUCCAAGUCAAGAGGCUGUAUUAAGCGAAGGAGAUCAGAAAAUCCUUGAUACUAUGAAAAAACAACUUGAAAAGCUUGAAAAAAAGGAAAAGAACAUGUGCCAAGCCUAUUAUAAUAGUGUACUUCGUGGAUUAAACCAAUGGGCAGGGUUAGGAAAAGGCAAAGGCAAAAGUAUACCUGGGGUAAGGUACAGCCCAGAAGUUCAAAAACAAUUGAAAGAAGAUUGCGAAGAAGUAGGAGAAGUAGUAGACAGUAUCAAACAGCAAGUGAAAAAGUUUAUGAAAGGCUAUGGUUUGGAAUAUGAAGAGCCGGAUUCAGACGUUGAAAAGUCGAAUUCAGACGUUGAAGAGUCAGAUUCUGAAGAGUCGAGUUCAGAUUCAGAUUGA